AGAACAAGUAGCAGAACACGACUGAUUUCUACUUCUUCAGCACAAAUCGGGAGCACGCAGGUACAUAUCAGUGUCAGUACCGGGCGUCUUGGCCAGGAAUGCCAUCCAAGGAGAGUGAUCCUGUGGAGCUGGUGCUGACAGGUGUGGGCCCUGGGGACAGCAGGUGGCUCUGGUUGAUCCCAACAGGACCGUGUCCCACAGCUGUACCCUCCGUUCAUGCGGAUCGACAUUUCCUGCCUCCCAGCAUUUCCCUGAGCCCUGAGGAAUGUGUGGAGAUAGGGACCAAUGUCACCAUCCAGUGCUGGAACAAGGACUAUGGGGCCACCUUCCUCCUGCACAAGGACGGCUGCUCAGCCCCCAUCCAGCGCCAGCACCUCCAUGUGGUGGGCACAGCCACCUUCACCAUCUUUGGGGUGACCCCAGCUGACAGCGGCACCUACAGGUGCUCCUACCGCCCCUGGGCUUACCUUGUGUCCUCACCCCUUGGCAAUAACGUGACUCUGGAGGUGACUCCCACACCUGCACCCCCAGGUGCUGCAGACAGUUCCCAUGGGAACCCGGUGGUGGCAGUGGCUGGGGGCUGCACUGCUGCCUUUGUCUUCAUCCUC